ACCUACUCCUAGCUAUAUAAAUUCUUUGUCCAGCCAUUACAUAGGUACUCUCUUACUUCCAAAACACACACAUACACACCGUCCCCACCUGCCCAUCAUGUCUCCCAUCCGUGUUGGCUUCAUCGGCCUCAGCGCCUCCAGCAGCUGGGGCGUAACCGCGCACCUGCCCUACCUCAAAGACAGUUCGAAAUACGAAAUCGUCGCCUUGUGCAACACGUCAAUCGAAAGCGCGCAGGCGGCCAUCGCCGCGCACAAGCUGCCCGCGAGCACCAAAGCCUACGACUCGCCCGCCGCCAUCGCCGCGGACCCGGACAUCGACCUCGUCGUCUGCUCCAUCCGCGUCGACCGCCACUACCCCUUCCUCAAGCCCAUCCUCGAGGCCGGCGGCAAGGACGUCUACUGCGAGUGGCCGCUGGGCAGGAACCUCGCUGAGGGCGAGGAGCUCGCCGCCCUGGCUAAGGCCCAGGGCGUCCGCACCAUGGUCGGCUUGCAGGGACGGCGCGGGCCCGGCGCCCGCAAGGUCAAGGACCUGAUUGAUGCGGGCCGCAUUGGCGACGUGCUUAGCGUGUCGGUCGUCGCGGAUGCAGUCAACCUGGGCGCCGAGGAGCUGCCCAGCCUGGCGUAUCUCCAGGACCGUGAGGUUGGCGGAAACAUGGUGGCGAUCCACUUGUCGCACACGCUCGACACGAUCAGCCAGGCCGUCGGGCAGCUGAAAUCCUACAACUCGAUCCUGGCCGUCAAGCGGCCCAGCGUGCGGCUGCACGACCCCGCCACCAACAAGACCGUCGACACGAUACCGCGCAGCUCGCACGACCACGCGCUGAUCCAAGGGCGCCUCGAGUCGGGCGCGCUCUUCUCGGUGCACAUGCGCGGCGGGCCCCCCGUCCCCGGCUCCCCCGGCAUCACGUGGCGCGUCUACGGCACGCAGGGCGAAAUCGUCUUCACGGCCGCCAUCGCCAUGCUGAACCUGACGUCUCCGGACGAGCGCAUCCAGCUGCACGACCACAGCGCCGGCACCGUCGAGGACGUCGCUGUCCCGCCGGACGCGCUUGAUGAGGCGAAUUUGCCCCUGCAGGCCAGGAAUGUUGGCCGCUUGUACGAGGCGUUUGCUGAGCGCCGCACGGCGGAGUAUCCAGACUGGGCGGAUGCCGUCGUCAGGCAUCGCCUUGUGGACGAGCUGUAUGAGCGCGAAAAGACGGGCGCCGGCGAUGGCGAGCCUGCGAAGUAUCUAAGCGGGACGUAUGGUGCGAGUUUGGAGCUGUAGGAGGUGGGGUAGCAAGCGUAUUGACAGGCGAGAAGCGG